CAGCGAGGGCAGCUUCUUCCGGUUCCGCCCUGUCGAGAUCUCGUGUGGCGACAUGAAGCUGCUCACUCACAACCUCCUGAGCUCCCAUGUGCGGGGGGUGGGGGCCCGUGGCUUCCCCCUGCGCCUCCAGGCCACCGAAGUCUGCAUCAGACCUGUGGAGUUCAACCCGGAAUUCGUGGCGCGUAUGAUACCUAAGGUGGAGUGGGCGGCGCUUCUGGAGGCGGCCCAGACCCUGCACUUGGUCGAGGUGCCCAAAGAACCGAUUGAAGGGUAUGAGCGUGAUGAGAAAUUUUUGAGGAAGAUGCACCACGUGCUGCUGGAGGUGGAUGUGUUGGAGGGCACCCUGCAAUGCCCAGCGUCUGGACGUCUGUUCCCCAUCAGCCGCGGGAUCCCCAACAUGCUGCUGAGUGAUGAAGAAACCGAGACUUAAUUAUGCCAGGCAUCACUUUUUCAUUCUAUGACCGUGUAUAUGUUUAUGUAUAUCUGGUUUACUAGUUCUGUUAUGUGUAUUUCCCAACCUUUAACCCAGUGACACAGAACACAGUGUUCUGGAGCUCGAUAGUAUAUAUUUUUUUCUCAUUAAAGGUUCAAAACCAAA